AUGCCAUCGGCCGAUGACUCUGCUAAGCGGCCCAAUGGGACGAGCUCCAGGGGGGAUGAGCUGGCUUACUACAAGGCACAAUAUGAACAACUAGAGUCGGAGCUGGCGGACUUUCAGGCCUCGAGCCGAGACCUGGAGGCGGAGCUGGAGAAGGAUAUUGAGGCAUCGGAAAAGCGAGAGCGGAAGCUGAAGGAAAAGGUGGAGGCUUUGGGAUAUGAAGUUGAGGAGUGGAAGACCAAGUGCAAGCAAUCCAAGACCGAGGGAAAUUCGGCGCAGAACACUCUGCAAAAAGAGAUUACGACGCUACGAGAUGCGAACCGAACCCUACAUUUGAAGUUGCGUGAUAUUGAGGUUGCCAACGACGAUUAUGAGCGCCAGGCCCGAAACACCACGUCAUCGCUGGAGGAUCUGGAAUACAAGUACAACGCGGCCAUCGAACGAGGGGUGCUCCUGGAGGAGGAAAUUAAGAACGGAGACCAGGAACGCGAACAGCUUCGUAUCGAGAACCAACGUCUUCGUGAUGAGCUGUCCGACUUGAAGAUCGAGACCGAGAUCGUCCAAGAGAAACUGCGGAAUGCCGAGAUGACCACGGGUCGCCGGAUCAGGAGACCUACGCCCUUGUACCGCAGCCCGUCCACCCCGCAGACGCCUGAGAUUUUCGAUCGCUCCCCAGGCACAUCCAUCAUUUCGUCGCCAUUGUUCAAUUCAGUCAAUACGACCCCGACUAAACUCACAAUGGCAUCCGCGACGGCCACUCCGCCCUCACCGCCCAUUUCCGAGUCGUCAUCCAGUAUGCGCAAGUCCAUCAACGGGGCUCCCAAUUUCCCGCGUCUGAAGGCUUCUGCAGGGGAACCCCUGACGUCCCGAACCUUGCAUGCUUCACGAAGCUCCCAACGAUUGGCUCAUUCGCGUGCCACGUCGGCCUUCGCCAAUGGCAAUCGUUCCUCGACCCUGUCGGCAUCGUCCCGCACGAGCGUCCCUAGGUCCAACCACUCUUUCCAUAACAGCACUAGUAGCCUGAAUGGCUCCACUACUAAUGGCGCUGGCCGGACACUGGCCAAAUCGGGUUCCCUGUGUCAGAUUCGUGGUCUAAUUGGCAAGAUGCAGAAACUCGAGGAGCGGGUGCAGUCGGCCAAGUCCAAACUCCCGCCGCCAUCGGAAUCACCUUCGCGUGCGUCGUCCCGAGCGGGAUCAGCCAUGGGAUCAGCCAUGGGAGACAGUCCGGUUGCCUCAACCAUUACCGUUCGAAGAGACUCCCGGAAUCGUCGGAGUGGCAGCAGUUUCAGCUCUUCGGUUCGGGACGGCGACAGCGUACCCUCUUAUCUCACACAGAGUCGACCAUCGUUUAGCACGCGGACCCCCGGUGACAGCCGUCCCAGCAGCCGCACGAGUUUUUCGAGUCGCAGCUCCGUCAGCCACACAACACAUCCCAGCGUGACACUCUCGACACGACCCGAGAGUCGUCAGAGCCGGACCAAGACGCCGCUGGGACAUUAUUCGACCAAUCCGAUGACGGAGGGCCGGCGACCUCGAUCGUCGCUCAGUAACCACACGGCCCAAUCGUCCAUUGUCAGUGGCAUGUCCAAUAUCGAUGAAGAUGAAGGUCUGGCCAAGGACUUUGCCAUGCGCGCCACGAUCAGUGAGUGUCGCGGAACUCGACUGCCAUCGGUUACUGCCAUGAAUGGAACAUGGAAGAAGCGGUCUACCAGUGGGAUCCCAGCUCCGCGGAGUCUUAAGACUAGCAUCGGGGUUGAAGAGGGCACUCGUAUGAGCCCACCCGAACGCAAGCCCGCCCUUGCUGAUCUCGGCGAGACGUUUUGA